AAAUACCUUUCUUGCUUUCAGGCUGCUAUAGCGGGAGGCACAACCAUGAUCAUCGACUUUGCGGUCCCUCAGAAGGGCAGCUCUCUUGUUGAAGCCUUCGAUACUUGGAAGAGCUGGGCAGACCCGAAAGUCUGUUGUGACUAUGCACUGCACGUGGCCGUGACGUGGUGGAGCAGCAAGGUGAAGGAAGAAAUGAAAACUCUUGUCCAAAGCAAAGGUGUCAACUCCUUCAAGAUGUUUAUGGCCUAUAAAGAUCUAUACAUGGUCAAUGAUGAGGAAUUAUAUGAAGCUUUCUCCCAGUGUAAGGAACUUGGAGCGAUUGCUCAAGUCCAUGCGGAGAACGGGGAGCUGAUUGCACAGGGUGCAAAGAAAUUGCUGGCCAUGGGAAUAACUGGUCCUGAGGGGCACGAGCUGUGUCGUCCUGAAGAAGUGGAAGCCGAAGCUACGCAGAGAGCAAUUACCAUAGCAAAUCUCACAAACUGCCCUCUUUUUGUAGUCCAUGUAAUGAGUAAAUCUGCAGCAAGGGUGAUAACAAAUGCACGAAGAGAAGGGAAGGUGGUUUACGGGGAGCCUAUUGCUGCUAGUCUGGGCACUGAUGGUACCCACUACUGGCACGAAGACUGGGCGCAUGCUGCAGGAUAUGUCAUGGGGCCUCCGCUGAGACCAGAUCCUUCCACUCCUGACUUUCUCAUGAACCUACUGGCCAAUGAUGACCUAUCUGUGACAGGAACUGACAACUGCACCUUUGACACAUGCCAGAAAGCUCUGGGGAAGGAUGACUUCACCAAAAUCCCUAAUGGAGUGAAUGGUGUGGAAGACAGGAUGUCAGUCGUAUGGGAAAAGGGCGUUUAUAGUGGAAAAAUGGAUGAAAACAGAUUUGUGGCUGUUACCAGCACAAAUGCAGCAAAAAUCUUUAAUCUUUACCCAAAGAAGGGAAGAAUUGCUGCAGGUUCUGAUGCUGACAUUGUAAUUUGGGAUCCCAAGGCUACAAGGAAAAUAUCUGCACAGACCCAUCACCAGGCCAACAACUUCAAUAUAUUUGAAGGAAUGGUCUGCCACGGAGUCCCAGUUGCAACAAUUUCAAGAGGCAAAGUGGUUUAUGAAGGUGGAAAUUUCAAUGUCACAGCAGGAGAAGGCAAAUACGUCUCCCGUCCACCAUUCCCUCCAUAUGUCUACCAACGAAUCAGGCAGCGGGAUCAGGUCUGCCAGCCUGCUCCUGUUAAGAGAGCACCAUACACAGACGCCGUCUCAGCAACUCCCAUCACACCAUAAUGAUAGGCUGGUUCCCGAGGUUUGGCUCUUGCAGGUAACUGUCUCUUUUGAUUAGUGACAACUACUUCCCUU